UAGUGAAGCCUUGUUCAGUUCUUUGCAAAGGAACUUUGACUCGUGUAGCUCAUCUAGGUAGAGAUCAUGGCGGGGAAGCUGGGGCAUCUGAUGACGAGGCUGCACCUGGCGAGGAGCCGGGCGUCGCCGUCGCCGUCGUCGUCGGCGGACGUGCCGCGGGGCCACCUGGCGGUGUACGUCGGCGAGGGGCGGAAGCGGCUGGUGAUCCCGACGGCGUGCCUGAGCCACCCGGCGUUCGUGACGCUGCUGAAGCGGGUGGAGGACGAGUUCGGCUUCGACCACCGCUGCGGCGGCCUCACCAUCCCCUGCGCCUCCGAGGGCGACUUCGCCGACAUCGUCGGCGGCAUGGACGUGCACUGAUCGUCAGGCUCCGGCCGUUUCCCGGCGAGGACAAGA